CGUGCAGCCCCGCUUGCCCAGACUGGCCCGGCCGGAGAGCAGCCACUGCGCACGCGCGAGCUGACGUCACGCGCGCUCCCAGGACCCGACCGAGCUGGCAGGAGUGGUCUCGGCAGCUUCCGCCGUCGCGUCGCUCCGGGGCUCGGCGAGCGGGUUCGCGCUGCCUCCGCCGCGGUGGGGCAGCGGGGGCUCACGGAGCCGAGCGGGGGCCGCGCGGCGACGCGGCCAUGGGACUGCGCCGGCCCUGGUGACAGCGGGGAGCCGAGCGGCCCGGGCCCUGAGCGCGACUCCUGCGGGGGGCCUCGCCCUUCUGCUCGCGGGGCCGGGGCUCCUGCUGCCUUUGCUGGCGUUGCUGCUGGCGGCGGCGGCGGCCCGGAUCAUGUCUGGCCGCCGCUGCGCCGGCGGGGGCGCGGCCUGCGCGAGCGCGGUGGCCGAGGCCGUGGAGCCGUCCGCCCGCGAGCUGUUCGAGGCUUGCCGCAACGGGGACGUGGAGCGAGUGAAGAGGCUGGUGACGCCCGAGAAGGUGAACAGCCGCGACACGGCGGGCAGGAAGUCCACCCCGCUCCACUUCGCCGCAGGUUUUGGACGGAAGGAUGUAGUUGAAUAUCUGCUUCAGAAUGGUGCAAAUGUGCAAGCACGUGAUGAUGGGGGUCUUAUUCCUCUUCAUAACGCAUGCUCUUUUGGUCAUGCUGAAGUAGUCAAUCUUCUUUUGCAACAUGGUGCAGACCCAAAUGCUCGGGAUAACUGGAAUUAUACCCCUCUCCAUGAAGCUGCAAUUAAAGGAAAAAUUGAUGUUUGCAUUGUGCUUUUACAGCAUGGAGCUGAGCCAACCAUCCGAAAUACAGAUGGAAGGACAGCAUUGGAUUUAGCAGACCCAUCCGCCAAAGCUGUGCUGACUGGUGACUAUAAGAAAGAUGAACUCUUGGAAAGUGCCAGGAGUGGCAACGAGGAAAAAAUGAUGGCUCUGCUUACACCAUUGAAUGUCAACUGCCAUGCAAGUGAUGGCAGAAAGUCAACUCCAUUGCAUUUGGCAGCAGGAUACAACAGAGUAAAAAUUGUACAACUGUUACUGCAACAUGGAGCUGAUGUCCAUGCUAAAGAUAAAGGUGAUCUGGUACCAUUACACAAUGCCUGCUCUUACGGUCAUUAUGAAGUAACUGAGCUUCUGGUCAAGCACGGUGCCUGUGUCAAUGCAAUGGACUUGUGGCAGUUCACUCCUCUCCAUGAGGCAGCUUCUAAGAACAGGGUUGAAGUGUGUUCUCUUCUCCUAAGUUACGGGGCAGAUCCAACCCUACUCAACUGUCACAACAAAAGUGCUAUAGACCUGGCCCCCACCGCACAGCUAAAGGAAAGGUUAUCGUAUGAAUUCAAAGGCCAUUCAUUGCUGCAAGCUGCACGGGAAGCUGAUGUUACAAGAAUCAAAAAACAUCUUUCUCUGGAAAUGGUGAAUUUCAAACAUCCUCAAACACAUGAAACAGCUCUGCAUUGUGCUGCUGCAUCUCCAUAUCCCAAAAGAAAGCAAAUAUGUGAGCUGCUGCUAAGAAAGGGAGCAAACACCAACGAAAAGACCAAAGAAUUCUUGACUCCUCUGCACGUGGCUUCUGAGAACGCUCACAAUGAUGUUGUUGAAGUAGUGGUAAAGCAUGAAGCAAAGGUUAACGCUUUGGACAGUCUUGGACAGACGUCAUUACACAGAGCUGCACACUGUGGUCAUCUACAGACUUGCCGCCUGCUCCUGAGCUAUGGGUGUGAUCCAAACAUCAUUUCCCUUCAGGGUUUCACGGCCUUGCAGAUGGGAAAUGAAAAUGUGCAGCAGCUGCUUCAAGAGGGCGUCUCACUAGGUCACUCAGAGGCAGACAGACAGUUGCUGGAGGCUGCAAAGGCUGGUGAUGUUGAAACUGUAAAGAAACUCUGUACUGUUCAGAGUGUCAACUGCAGAGACAUUGAAGGACGCCAGUCAACACCACUCCAUUUUGCAGCUGGGUACAAUAGAGUGUCUGUGGUAGAGUAUCUGCUGCAGCACGGAGCUGACGUGCACGCCAAAGACAAAGGAGGUCUUGUUCCUUUGCACAAUGCAUGUUCUUAUGGACACUAUGAAGUUGCAGAACUUCUUGUCAAGCAUGGAGCAGUAGUUAAUGUAGCUGACUUGUGGAAGUUCACACCUUUACAUGAAGCUGCAGCAAAAGGAAAAUAUGAAAUAUGCAAACUUCUGCUCCAGCAUGGUGCAGACCCUACAAAGAAAAACAGAGAUGGCAAUACUCCUCUGGAUCUUGUUAAGGAUGGAGAUACAGAUAUUCAAGAUCUCCUUAGAGGUGAUGCAGCUUUGCUGGAUGCUGCCAAGAAGGGUUGUCUAGCCAGAGUGAAGAAACUGUCCUCACCUGAUAAUGUAAAUUGCCGUGAUACCCAAGGGCGACAUUCUACACCUUUACAUUUGGCAGCUGGUUAUAAUAAUUUGGAAGUUGCUGAGUAUUUGUUGCAACAUGGAGCUGAUGUGAAUGCCCAGGACAAAGGAGGACUCAUUCCUUUACAUAAUGCAGCAUCAUAUGGACAUGUAGACGUAGCAGCUUUACUGAUAAAGUACAAUGCGUGUGUCAAUGCCACGGACAAAUGGGCUUUCACACCGUUACAUGAAGCAGCCCAAAAGGGACGGACACAGCUUUGUGCUUUAUUGUUGGCCCAUGGAGCUGAUCCUACUCUUAAAAAUCAAGAAGGACAAACACCUUUAGAUUUAGUUUCAGCAGAUGAUGUCAGCGCGCUCUUGACAGCAGCCAUGCCCCCCUCUGCUCUGCCUGCAUGCUGUAAACCUCAGGUGCUCAGUGCUGUGAGGAGCCCCGGAGCCACUGCAGAUGCCCUGUCUUCAGGUCCGUCCAGUCCACCCAGCCUGUCUGCAGCCAGCAGUCUCGACAACUUAUCUGGGAGUUUCACUGAACUGUCUUCGGUAGUUAGUUCAAGUACAACAGAAGGUGCUACUGGUUUGGAAAGAAAAGAGGAUUCAGGAAUAGAUUUUAGUAUAACUCAGUUCAUAAGGAACCUUGGACUUGAACACUUAAUGGAUAUAUUUGAGCGAGAACAGAUUACCUUGGAUGUACUAGUUGAGAUGGGCCACAAGGAGCUGAAAGAGAUUGGAAUCAAUGCUUACGGACAUCGGCACAAGCUAAUUAAAGGGGUUGAAAGACUGAUCUCUGGACAACAAGGUCUUAAUCCAUAUUUAACUCUUAACAACUCUGGUAGUGGAACAAUUCUCAUAGAUCUGUCUCCUGAUGAUAAAGAAUUCCAGUCUGUGGAAGAAGAGAUGCAGAGUACCGUUCGAGAGCACAGGGAUGGAGGUCACGCAGGUGGCAUCUUCAACAGAUACAAUAUUCUCAAGAUUCAGAAGGUUUGUAACAAGAAAUUGUGGGAAAGGUAUACACACCGCAGAAAAGAAGUUUCUGAAGAAAACCACAACCAUGCAAAUGAAAGGAUGUUAUUUCAUGGGUCUCCUUUUGUGAAUGCAAUUAUCCAUAAGGGCUUUGAUGAACGGCAUGCAUACAUAGGUGGCAUGUUUGGAGCUGGAAUUUAUUUUGCUGAGAACUCUUCCAAAAGCAAUCAGUAUGUGUAUGGAAUUGGAGGUGGCACUGGAUGUCCAAUUCACAAAGACAGAUCGUGUUACAUUUGUCACAGGCAGCUGCUCUUUUGUCGGGUGACCUUAGGAAAGUCUUUCCUGCAGUUCAGCGCAAUGAAAAUGGCACAUUCUCCUCCCGGCCAUCACUCGGUCACUGGCCGGCCCAGUGUAAAUGGCCUAGCAUUAGCUGAAUAUGUUAUUUACAGAGGAGAACAGGCUUAUCCUGAAUAUCUAAUCACUUACCAGAUUGUAAGGCCUGAAGGUAUGGUUGAUGGCUGAAACCAGUUCCCCAAGUGUAAUGUCCUGAAGCAGCUGAUGGCCUCUUAAGUUUCACUCCUUGGCAGGAAAAAAAUUGAUCCUGACUACAGGCCUGUGGCAAAAAUGAUAAACUGUGAAAGAAGCCUAACAUUGUGACUUGAUGAAGCUUUAACAGUGUACAGCGUUUCUGAGUGUCUCUUGUUCUCAGCACUUUAACAGAUGCCAUUCCAGGUCAACUGGGUUUGUCUGUCCUAAAUUAUAAACAGUUAACUUGAAUCUUUUAUACGUCGUGCAUUGAUUCUAACAAAAAUGGUAAUCCCUCAACAGAACUCAUUUUACUAAUCAGUACUGUGUUCUUUAAAACACAGCAUUUACACUGAAUACAAUUUCAUUUGUAAAAUGUAAAUAAGAGCUUUUGUACUAGCCCAAUAUUUAUUUACAUUGCUUUGUACUAUAAACUGUUCUAGAGCUGCAGCGGUUUACAGAGUAUUUUCAUAUGUGUUGCUCAUCUGUGUUUCAUCUGUCCUCGCCUGAGUGAUUGCUACAUUUGAUUCCAGAGGCUGCUCGGUUGCUAAUAGAGAGUUAGUGGGGAAACAUUGACUUAACAAAUUUAAUUUGCUGAUAGAAGCAUUUCUCUAGCAAUAGAAAUCUUUCUCAUUUAACAAUUUUAUGAAUACUCUUGGAAUUUAAUUGGUGAUGCCUUUUUGUCUACAAGGCACACAUUCCAGAGAGCUCUGGUGUGAAGUAAUGGGGGAACUUGUGGCUAGAGAAGCUCUUCAAUGGCCUUAAACUUUGGGUCUUGCUUUAGAGAGGUCUCUGAUAUUCUCAACCUCAGAGCAGAGAUCCCUCCAAGUUUUGAAGAUGCUAAGCCCUAGCUUCUGAACACUUAGUGCUCUGAUCAUGAACUGUAAGUGGAAGUUAUAUUUUGGACAUGGGGAAGGCAAUCAUGGAUAAUUUCCCAAUCAGAUCUAAUUACCUUAAAUCUAAAAUGGAGGUGGAUAGUUUUUUGUUUUUUUUUGUUUUUUUUUAAGUUUUUCUUAAUCUUAUGGUUAUAUUUAUAGCCAGUAUAUUUAUCAUGAGUAAACACAAUCUAAAACUACAGAUGUGAGUGUAUGUGUCUGUGGGUAGCCUCUGGAAUGGGCAAGCCCAGCGCUUCCUACUUCUAUCAAGGCAUUCUGCCCAGUUGGAAAAACACUGUCACAGGCUUAAGUUUACUAUGGCAGCUGUGGAAGAAAUUACUUUCCAUGAAAGGCCAUUUUUACUAUUCUCUAAUGUAUCCUUAAUGUAAGCCUUACACUUAGCAUCUUGCAUUGCACAGAGACCUGCCUUACUGCAUGGUAGUAUACUCAGAAAUCAAGGAGAGAUUUUUAUCCACCUAAGUUUUUGUAAAUGAGGAUGUCCUCUUCACUCUCCGUACCACUUUAUCUUUGUUUUACAUUUUAUUUGGUCUCUUAAUUACCUGGUCCUUUAUAGAAACUUGUACAUAGUGUUGCUUGAAAGUUAAGUUUCCCAUCCUAUGAAUUAAGAGAAAUGUAUGUCUGGAGUUGUUCCUAAGAUAUGAAUUGUGGUCAAGGAUUGAGGUCAAAUCCUGACCUAGAAAUGCUUUUAUACAGCUCUGUGCUAACUACAAAUAUGAUCCUAAAAUCAUUUCUUGAACAUAAAAGGAGUAUGCCAAAUUUUAUAUAAAAUUUUCAGGUUCUGUAAGCUUCUGGGUUUUAUAGUUAAAAGAUAAUGAAAUUAAUUAGUAGGGUUUAUAUUUACGUACUUCUCAAAGUUUGGCCUAUGUUACUCUGUGGAUCUGGAAUUGUUUUUCAUGUAAAAUCAUGGUGUGGUUAUGAGCUGUGUUACCUCCUAACCCAUUGCUUGUGUGUUUCCACUGUGAUCAGUAUGCUGGCAUGGCAGUGUUUAUUGGGAGCUGGGAGUUUGGGGGUGUGGGUUAGAGUGCUUUGCAUGAAAUACCUUACUUUAUAAUGAUGGAAUUGCUUUUUCUUUUGCCUUGUGAUUUUUUUUUUUUGAAGUGAAAUUUAAUUUGUGUGUGUGUAGUGUUCUGCCCAUCUGAGUGUCUACUUGUAUCACAUUCCAUGCCCUCACUUAAUUCUUAAUAAACUGUUUACUUGUUCUCUGGGUAGCAUGGUAGUAAUUCAUUGAGAUUACAGUAAAUCGUAAUUGCAAGAGAACAGUGUAGUUUUGAGUCUAAUUGUGACAGGGUGCAGCAUAAAUGUAAGAUGUUGAAUGUUGUGGCCAUACUUGCUCAGAUGCUUCAUGAUGAAGGUAAGAUGUAUUUGGGCAUCUAUACCAUCCAGUAUGACUUUGGUAGUUCUUAAAAUUCAUCAAAAUCAGUCUGCUUAACUUAUAAAGAGAAAUAUAUUUUUGUUUUCUAUGUCAUAAAAACAUCCUUGAUA